AUGGACCCUCCAGGUCCGGGCAAUGGUUCAAACCGCCUCCGCAAGACCCCAACCCUCCAGAUCAACUCCCAGCUCCCCCGGGCGCCCCAGGACCCCUUCACAGACAAUGAGAAUCCCUCGUCCUCUGCCAGCUCGCUGCCCGGCCCCUCGCCCAUCACGCCGCGCGCCUUGCUCUCGCCGCAGCAGCAGCGGCCCUUCUCCCCGUCGCUCUCGCCCGCAGACCUCUCCCGCAACGAGUCCACAGAAAGACUGACCGUGCCCGGCAGGACGAGGUCGUAUCUCGACGAGGCCCAGGGCAACCCGUACCCGAAUCCGCAUCCUCACAGGUCUUCCGCCGGGCCGGGAGACUAUACCGGCUUCUCCUCUCGACGCACCAGCUGGAGCUCAGACGCCGCCAGCCGGCACGCCAGCUACGGAUACGGCGGAUAUACCUACUCCAGUCCCUUCGACGACUCCCGCGUUCCCUCCAGGGCCGGCAGCAGCGACGACGAGAACGGCAUCACCACCCAGACCGUGACGGAGAAGUUUGCCAUCUUCCCGGACGGAGACCUCAUCGUCUACCCGCACGAUGUCGAAAAGGACGACGAGCUGCAUAACCCGGACCCCAACGAGAAGGACCGGAGGUGUGACAUCUGGCAUCGUCGUGGCAUAACCAACCUGGGAGCCCUCGCCUUGUUGAUCGGAGGUGUCCUGACCUUGUUUAUCGGAUAUCCCGUCAUAUCGUAUUUCAAUGGUUUGACGGCGAGCAAGACCGGCUGCGCAGGCGAUAAAGAUUGCAUCAAGGAGGUGCCGCUGCUGAAGAAUGUACGGACCGGCCUGAUCGACAAGGACACACCCGCGUCCGCCAUGAAGAAGAAAUCCGCAGACGGCAAGGAUAUGGUGUUGGUGUUCUCCGACGAAUUCAACCAGGAUGGACGCACUUUCUUUGAAGGCGACGACCCGUACUUCCAGGCUGUCGAUAUCUGGUAUGGUGUCACGCAGGAUCUCGAGUGGUAUGACCCUGACGCCGUGACGACGAAGAAUGGCAAGUUGGAACUCCGCUUCGACGCAUUCCAAAGCCACUACCUCAACUACCGAUCGGGCAUGGUCCAGUCCUGGAACCAACUCUGCUUCACCGGUGGCCGGCUGGAAGCAAGUAUCUCUCUGCCAGGACGAGGCGACGUAUCCGGUCUCUGGCCCGGUUUCUGGUCAAUGGGUAACCUGGGCAGACCUGGCUACCCUGCCACCACAGAUGGCAUGUGGCCCUAUAGCUAUCACGACAAGUGCGAUGCUGGUAUCACCGCCAACCAGAGUGACACGGGCGGCCUCAGUUUCCUGCCUGGCAUGAAGCUGCCGGCCUGCACCUGCCAGGGCGAGGACCAUCCGACUCCUGGCAUCUCGCGGACGUCGCCCGAGAUUGACGUGAUCGAGGCCAGUGUGCACGCUUUGCACGGAGACAAGGCGCCUAUCAAUGUCAUCGGCGAUGUAUCCCAGAGUUGUCAGGUGGCUCCCUUUGACAUCUGGUACAUGCCCAACUAUGAAUUCACCGAAAUAUACGACCCCAGCAUCACCAUCAUGAACGCCUACCGAGGUGGUGUGUUCCAGCAGGCCAUCUCGGGCGUCACCAAUCUCAACAACAACUGGUACGACGGCAAGCAGUACCAGGUGUAUGCCUUCGACUAUACACCGGGCGACAAGGGAGAUAUAACAUGGUACGUCGGCGAGGAGAAGGCGUGGAAACUCGACGCCCGCGCCCUAGGCCCCAACGGCAACGUAGGCCAGCGAGUCAUUCCGAAAGAGCCCAUGGCCCUGAUCGCGAACUUGGGUAUGUCAAACAGUUUCGCGGCUCUGAACAUGACCGGUCUUGCACCGCUGUUCCCGGCAACAAUGCGGCUUGACUAUAUCCGCAUCUAUCAAGAAGAAGGGAAGAAGAGUAUCACCUGCGAUCCGCCAGGGAUGGAAACGACAACUUAUAUCAAGAAACAUGAGAUCGUCUAUAAGAACCCGAACCUGACAACUUGGGCCGACACGGGCUUCCCUUGGCCCAAGAACGACUUUGUGCAUGAUUUCCCUGGCCAACCAUACCGCACUCAAGACCUACAUCCCAAAUUCGUCUACGCAGAAGAGAUCCAGGAACCCACCGAGUCUCGCGAACGCAGACAUGCCGCUCUCGGUGUCCUGGAUGAUCUAGAAAUGCUCAUGUUUCACGCCGUUUCUAACAAUGAGUCUAUCCCACAAACUCGACAACGCUUCAUCCACUCUCUCGCGCGUCGGCCGGCUGAUACGCCGCCUCCACGAAGGUAUGUGGUUCACGAUAUCGAGGCUGGACGUCUCAUCCAGGCCCAUCGGUCGGACGCUGCGGGAGCUGCUGCGGGAGCGGCGUUGUCGAAGUCGAUGCCUGGACGGCGUUGGAUGGAUGAUGGGAGGAGUCCGUCUGUGACGUUGGAGGGGAAGACGGACACGCCUAUCGUUGAUAUUGUGGAGGUUAAUGCGGGGUGGAGGAAUGAGUAUCUUCCUAGUGAUGACGAGUUCAUGGCCGUCAAUCCCGACACGCCAGAAAGACGCUGGUAUAAGUUUGGUUUCGGCUUUUUGUUUGAGCAUGGUAUCGCAAGCCAGGACGGUCCUGCUUCUUUGGCAGCUGGGCGGCAGGAGGAUUUAUAUAGAAAGGGAAACAGGUCAGAUGAUGUCGAUGUUGGUAUGGAUGUGGGUGUAGGAGAAGAGGGUAAGGGUGUUAAUGUCGACGUCGAUGAGGAUGGGUAA